AUGAAUUUGGAAGAGUAAAUGAUUCUAGAGAGAUUAAAACUUAAUAAGAAAAUAGAAGAGCGUUAUAAUAUAGUCAUGUAGUAAAUAUAAUAAAAGAGCCAUUAAGAAAUUGAAUUAAUUAAACGUGAAUUAGAAAACAUGAAAUGCAUGAGUGAUGUGUAUGAGUAAAAAUUUAUUGAAAUGGAAGAGUAAAUAAAAAAAUAGCAAUCUAUCAUUUAAAAUGUUGAAGAAAAGAAUGCUGAAUUGCUUAUACAAAAUUUUUAACUCUAAAAGGAAAUUUAAUUGAAGGAUGAAAUACUAUUUAAGAAUGUAAAGGAAUGCCUAAAUUUGCAAUCUAAUUAAAAGAGAAAUCAAACCAAAGGAACUCUUUAUUUUAAAUAAAAAGUAAAAGAGAAAUAAAGAAUAAAAAAACUAAAAUAACUAAAGGAAGAAUAAAAAAUACUUAAAGAUCGUAAUCAAUAUUUAGAAUAAUUGAUUGAAUAACAAUUGCCUCCAGACUAAGUAUUGGAGUAUUUAUCAAAAAAAUGUAAAGUGUUGUAGAAAUAGUUUGAUGAAUUAAAUUAUAAAUAUAUUUUAAAGAAAUGA